AAGGACUCCCUAGAACAGUUAAUAAUUACCACCGAAAUCUCAUCUCAAUCCUAUCUUCAUUCCUUCAACAGAGAGCGGAAAAAAAAUCAACGAAAAAUGGGAGUGGUGAUCAUAGAUGGAUCAACAAUACGUGACUUUGUUAACGACGAGGCUCAGUUCAAUAAGAGUGCGGACGAGGCAUUUACAAAGCUUGACCUCAACAACGAUGGGGUCUUGUCCCGCUCUGAACUCCGUAAGGCCUUCGAAACCUUGCGUUUGAUCGAAACCCACUUUGGAGUGGACGUGGCCACAGCACCUGAGGAGCUCACAAAUCUGUACGACUCAAUCUUUGACAAGUUUGAUUGUGAUCGGAGUGGAAGUGUUGAUCUUGAAGAGUACAGGUCAGAGUUGAAGAAGAUCAUGCUUGCUAUUGCUGAUGGGUUGGGGUCUAGUCCUAUUCAGAUGGCUCUUGAAGAUGAUGAACAGGGUUUUAUCAAGCAAGCUGCUGAUCUUGAGGCCUCUAAGUUCUCUCAACAGCCUUCUUCGGCUGGACCAUAAACUCUCUCUCUGCUGAGAGAUCUAGUUGUGUUAAUUUUGAAACCCUUAAUAAAAUGUGUGUAAUAUGCGUUACUGUCUCUGCCCUCUUGAAGAUGACGACCAGGGUUUUUAUAGAGAAAGAUGCCGAUCUUGAGGCCUCUAAGCUCUCCCUCAAUAGGCUUCUUCAGCUUGAGCACUCUCUCUCUCUCUCUCUCUCUCUGUGCUGAGCUCUAGUUGUGUCAAUUGUCGAAUCCAAUGUCAAUGCCCCCUUCAAUAAAAUUUGUGUCAUAUGCGUGUUACUGUCUCUGCCUCUUUGAUUUGCAAUAAAUUUUUGUUCCUAUUUAAGAAA